AUGGCGGUUCAGAGGUUGAAGCUUAAGGCGGGAAUAGAGCCUUUCCAUGGCAUAACUCCCAACUCAUCGACCAUCCCCUUGGACCAGAUCGAGUUGCUGGUUACAUUUAGCAUGCUCGAUAACUUUAAUACAGAGAAGCUUAACUUUGAUGUCGCGAACUUCAAGACGGCGUACAACGUAAUCUUGAACCGUCCAAUGCUAGGUAAGUUUAUGGUAGUGGUGCACUAUACGUACCAGACGCUCAAGAUUUUGGAUCCCAAAGGGAUCAUAAAUGUUAGGGGAGAUCAACGUGCAACAAUGAGAUACGACAAGCAGAGCCUAGACAUAGUUGAACACCUCAGUCGAGUGGCAACCACUUUUAAGGGCGUGGAUCCCAACCAUCAAAAGCAUCAAGCCACCAUUGAGAUCAAGGACUCUAAGCUUUUCAACGAUGCCGCCAAGGGUGAGACCAGCAGCGACGCUGACAAUAAAAGGGUUGAUGGUGGCAUCAAGGCAAUACUCUUCGACCUGUCUGAACCAGCCAAGACGGUUAAGAUUGGGGCUAACCUCGACCCUAAAUAG